CUACGAGUACUCCAUUCAAGCCUUUGCUUCUGCUCAUUUUGUUUGAAUAGAUAAAAUCGUGAACCACUCUUCCCUGUUUUCCCCUGUUCGCACGUCCCUCUUCUCCUACUUAUUCUCCUACGUCUUCGCUCGAGCCUUUUUGGUCUUUCUCUCGCAAUCGUCCCGUCUUAUAAGACUCUCUCCCUCUCCAGCUCUAUCAACACUCCCCCAUCACCCUGAGAAGCUUCAAACUUCUGAGAAGUUACAUUCGUUCCAGACUCCAUACAUCCCUCUUGAUAGACCUCAAGCCCAAUUCCAACGAAAGCCACCAUGCCCUGCCGUCUAGCCAUCAGCACCGUCUCCCUCGGCCGGUGCUGGGCCGGCCACACCCUGGAGCACAAACUCGACAUGGCCGCCAAGUACAACUACGGCGGCAUCGAGCUCUGGCACGAAGACCUCAUGGACAUGGCCGACCGCUUCCCCGAAGGCGGCGCCUCCGUCGUAGCCAACCAGCUCGCCGCCGCGCGGUACGUGCGUCAGCUCUGCGCCGACCGCCGCCUCACCAUCCUCAACCUGCAACCCUUCCAGCACUACGAAGGCCUCGUCGACCGCGCCCACCACGCCCGCCGCGUCGACGAGUUCCGCCUCUGGCUCCGCCUCUGCCACGCCCUCGGCACCUCCCUCAUCGCCGUCGCCUCCAACGUCCUCCCCGCCGACCAGGUCUCGCCGGACCUCGACCUCCACGUCGCGGACCUGCGCGAGAUCGCCGACCUGGCCGCCGCCGCCGCCGCGUCCCCGCCUGUGCGUCUUACGUUCGAGAGCUUGGCGUGGGGUACCCGCGUCGACACGUGGGAGGAGAGCUGGGACGUGGUCUGCCGGGUCGACCGGCCCAAUUUCGGGCUUUGUCUCGAUACGUUCAACAUGGCGGGACGGAUCUACGCGGAUCCCGCGGCCGAGACUGGCUUGGCCGGUUCGGGUUCGAUUUCGAAUGCGGAGGAGGCGGUUCGCGCGUCCAUGGGGCGGCUUGUCGCCUCGGUCGACCCGGCGCGGGUGUUCUACGUGCAGGUCGUUGAUGCGGAGCGGUUGCGCGAGCCGUUGCGCCCCGGCCACGCGUUCUGGAAUGGGGAGCAGCCGCCUAGGAUGAUGUGGUCGCGCAAUUGCCGGCUGUUCUACGGCGAGACUUCGAGGGGUGCUUACCUCCCCGUGAGGGAGAUGGCGGCGGCCAUUUUCCAGGGGCUUGGGUUUGAGGGGUGGGUUAGCUUGGAAUUGUUUCACCGGCGCAUCGUCGACGAGGAUCCGGCUGUUCCUGAGGAGCUGGCCCAGAGGGGGGCUUUGUCUUGGGUGAAGCUGGUUCGCGAUAUGCGGUUGGUUGAGGCAGAGGAUACCAUGAUGAUGACGGCGUCGCUGUGAGGAUGGGCAGCGGGCUGACGGACGACUUUGGUAGACGGACGUGACGAGGGAGUUGUCAACUCUUUUCUGUUUUACCCGGGACAGGGGCAAAGGCAUGUUACGCAACGACAAGAAGCGAGCACGAAUAAGGACAGCCACAUAUGCAU